UUAUUGAUCGUUAUAUGGAUCAUUAAUUGAUUGGGUAUAAAAGGCUGACUAUUUCAGAUCUGUUCAUCAGUUACUGUUGAAUAGUGUCGCUCAGUUUACAUUGUCAAUUACAAACGAUAUCGCGCGAUGAAAUUUUUCUUAAUUCUUCUGUCGAUUCACCUUUUGGCUACGAAUUGUGAAUCAGCCCAGUCAACGAAUCCGGACUGCGACUUCUCGAAUCCAGAGCAACGAACUGAUGGCGGAUUUCCUGGAAUAACACAAGCGCAAUGCGAAUCUCUCGGAUAUUGUUUCGACACCACCGUUCCCAAUGUUCCAUGGUGUAUUAAAUCAGCACAAUUGGUGUCCAGCAGUAAUUGUGAUUUUGGAGAUAAACAAAAUCGCGUCGAAGGCGGCUACCCUGGAGUAACUAGAAAACAAUGUGUAUCCGACGGAAACUGCUUCGAUGACUCAACGCCGGGCGUUAAGUGGUGUUUCAAACCCAAUGUAAAUGCCGGUGGUGCAGAGGAUGUAAAUGCAAAUACCGUUGGCACAGAGGAAGCAAAUGUAAAUGCCGUUGGGACAGAGGCAGCCAAUGAAGAUGCCGCUGCGACAGAGGAUGCCGAUGUGCCGGAGGAAUCCAAUGUAAAUGCCGUUGGGACCGACGAUGCAAAUGUAAAUGCCGUUGGGGCUGAAGAAGCAAAUGUAAAUGCCGUUACGACAGAGGAAGCCAAUGGAACAUCCGUUGGGACAGAGGAAGCCGAUGUAAAUGCCGCUGUGCCGGAGGAAUCCAAUGUAAAUACCGUUUGGACAGAAGAAGUUAAUGUAAGUGUGAAUUCAGAUCCUGCAGUACCUAUUACUGCAGGUAGACUAGGAAUAUAUCUAGAUGACUUACUUCAACGAAUCCUGAGAGGGAGAUCAGAACUGAUCAGAGCAAAUCGAUGCCGAUGUUAUUGACAAUAGUAGCAGCUUGUGCAGCUAGUUUCAAAAUGUCUUUUUCAGUUCUUUUCACUCACUUAUUUUCUUCAUUUGUUUAAACAAGUGAACCGCAUAGCUCUAGCAUGUAAAACGGAGGAGCUACAAAUAUUUCAGAAAUGUGUUUGUAACAGCUGUUGCUGCAAUCUGUAAUAAUUUUUGAAAUAAAUUUGGUUUACGAUCAA